CAAGUCUGUUCGCGUUCAACUAACGCAUUGCCUUUAUCGCUCUCCUACCACGAACAAAACUUCGAAAUGAGACGCAUGAUAGACGCCCGCCAUGAAGGGCAGUGAGCCUGUGUACCCGCUAUAGACAACGGCAGCCCGUGUCUUUAAACCAACACAGGUGAUUGGAUUUUACCUGGCCACUAACGUGUGUAUAUCUCAGCAGCGCGGUGUAUUGUCUCUAAGCGGAGAUUCAGUUACUAAUGCAAUGUGUUACUUGGAUCUACCUGUAGUUUACCUGGACGCGCACCUGUAUGUAACGUUUUAGUAGGGGAGAGUUUACACUCAAACUUCGUCUACAGGAAUGUGUCAUCUCUAAAUCAACAUGAGUGACACUGAUCGGGAUAUGGAUAACCCCACGCCUACCUCACAGUCUGAUCCUAUAUCUGAGGUCGACUCUCUUAAGCCCCCUAGUGGUGGACAGGAUGAUGUCCCUCCUCCCAGUUCGAGGCCCACCUCACAGGGUCGAAUACCCACACUGGGGGGACGGGCAACACUCAGCCGCACCCCCGUGUCUAUGCUGGAGCAACAACACGAUGAGGAUGAGUCUGUGCUUAUAACGGAAGUGAAAGAUCAAACCGAGGAAGAGCCCGAGAGAGAAAGAAAUCUACUUCCGGUGGCAGAAAUCGAGGAAGAACAGCCGACAGAAGAAGGGGAAGGAGAAGAGGAGGAAGAAGAAGAACUGAAAAUAUCGGACGAUGGGGGAAGCCGAGAAGAUGAGGAAGAGACAUUUGAAGGCGAUGUUUUUCAACAUGUUACCAUAGAAACGGUUGAUGUGGAACCAAGGGAAGAGGACUUUGAUACUGAUCUUGAGGAAGAAUUCCCCGAAGACGAAGAAGACCCAGUGAAGUGUGAAUAUGUGAAAAUAUGUGACCGCCUCGGUCUCGUACCCAUCUCCUACUUUGUCCGGCACAUCAACGACCGCGACAUCGCCAUGAAGUACCACGGACUGGGUCCCGCUGAGGCAAAGGCCAUGGCGCUUGUGUUGAAGGACAAUAUCAACCUGGAGAAACUGGACAUCUCUGGAAACUGGAUCGACGCCGAGGGUGGUUACGCCAUGUCUCGGAUGUUGGAGGAGAACGACUACAUCACUGAGAUGGCCAUGGCUGACAACAAGCUUGGUAACGAUGGCGGCCUCCACGUGUGUCGAAUGUUGGGCACAAACGCUGGACUUCGACGCAUUGAUCUGGCUGGCAACAUGCUUGAAGACAGAGUGGCCGAACAGUUUGCGGAAGUUCUGGAAAAUAACAAAUAUCUGCGGGAGUUGGACCUGAGCAGGAACAAGUUUGGGCAGCCCUCUGGUCGUGUGCUGGGACCAGCUAUAGGUGCAAACGACACUUUAGACGUCCUUGACCUUAGCUGGAAUCACUUACGUCAGCAGGGAGCCAUUGCAGUGGCGGCGGGCAUAAAGGAAAACUGUCGUCUGAAGAUAUGUCGUCUGGCCUGGAACGGGUUCGGACCGGAAGGUGGCGCCGCCCUGGCCGAGGCUUUAGGGAACCAUGAAUCUCUGCUCGAAAUAGACAUGACUGGCAACCGACUCAAUCAGGACACCGCACUCAAAGUGGCCAAGGCCCUGUCUACGAACGAUGUCCUGAGAAUAUUGAGAAUGGGCAACAACCUCAUAACAUCAGCAGGUGCAAUAGCUCUGGCCAUGGCAAUCAACCAGUCGGAGAGUUCAGAAAUAGAGGAGCUGGAUCUGACGGACGUUCCUGUAGAAUACGAAUUUCUGCGCAUCCUUGAAGACAUUCGGGGGAAGAAGCCAACUUUCAAGGUCACCCACGGACCAGUGAUGCGUGCUGGAAAUACACUAGAAGACUUGGGGAAAAAGGCUAUUGACCCUUUCAAAAAGAAGGAACCUGUGAUCAUCCUCAAGGAACACAUCGUCGUGAACGACAUGCGACUGGUUGACAUCCUCAGGAGAUACGACCCCGACGGACUUCUUAGUGUAUCGCCUGAGGACUUCGUUGCAGCCCUUGAUGAGCUGGCAGUUCCCUACAACCGGGUGCAGCUUCAGGAAGCUGUUCACAAGCUGGCCAAGGAUCAGUCAGGCAGGAUAUAUUUUGGUGACUUCAUCCCCGACAAUGAAGAGGACAAGAAGGUGACCCCAGAGUCAGAGACGUGAUGGACGCUCAUAUCUGUCAGUGCCACUAAAUACUGUUACUCACAUCAUCGUGCUCAUUACCCCUGCUAUCUCGAAUGUUCGUUAUUGUGAAGUCCGGUUAGAACGAAGUAGGUUAUGGCAAAAUGCCACAUGAUGACUCCUAACCCUACAACAAUUAUAAUUAACAUCAUUUGGUUAUUUUGGUUAUUCUUAUUUUAAAGUUUGCACUUUUGUCACAUACGGUGUUGGUUGUAUCUGGGAACAAAA